AUGAGUGACCGCUAUCUAGAACAAAGGAUUAGUAUCAACUAUUGCGUGAAAUUAAAAAGUUCUGCGAGUGAAACUCACCAUCUUUCAAAAGAAGCCUACGGGAAAGAAGUCAUGUCAAGGGCCGGAGUUUUUGACUGGCACAAAAGGUUUAAAGAAGGGCGGGAAGAUGUUCGAGAUGAAGCCCGCAGUGGUCGUCCAGUCACCCACCGGACAGAUGAAAAUAUUCAGAAGGUCACGGUCUUAGUUUGUUCGACUGUGAGGAUGAUGGCUGAAGAGUUAAAUUUAGAUAAGGAAACCGUUGGACUCAUUCUGAAAGAAAACUUGGACAUGAGGGAAGUUUCUGCAAGAGUCAUACCGGGUAUUUUGAAGAACGUGUCCAAACCUGGAAAACUCAACUUUCCUUGUGAUCUUUCUGUGGAAACUUGGGAAAAUAGUCCUUGCUUGUGGGAAAGGAUAGUUAUUUGUGUUUUCUGGGUCUGCACAGUCGAUAAAUUUUCAACGAGUAAUGAUUCUGUUCCUCAUCUUUCACUGCUUUAUGGGACUUCAGGGAAUGAAAGCAUAACAUCCUGCUUUCCCAUAAGUUCUCUGGCCGCUGCCCUGGCACCAAUUAAAGACAUGUCUAUGCAAUUAAUCAAAAGCAAUUUGGAAGCACUCUGGUGCUGCUCCUCUGAAGCGCUGCCUGCUCCACACACAGUAGUUGUUCAGCUGCGGUCGCUGGAGCCAGGCACAUAG